AUGUCUACAUAUGUCAGGCAUUCUCAAUUUAGAGCCGCCCAUAGGGUGAUCUCCAUCCAAUGGAGAGCCUGUAUUGCACAGCGCCGCUCUCUUCACCAAGUAACUACAGAGUCAACUUCCCCGCCUGGGGAAAAUAAUCGCCUAGCUGUCAAAGACAAUAUUUCUGCCACAGGUUUCCCUACAACAUGCGCCUCCAGUAUUCUCUCUGGGAACAAUAUUCCUUUCGAUGCUACCAUCGUUAGGCAAUUAAGAGAGGGGGGCGCCAGCGUGACGGGAAAGUGCGGUAUGGAUGAGUUUGGUAUGGGUACACAUUCCACGACAUCUGCAUUUGAGACCAUACAUAACGUAUGCGGCCUGGAGAAAUAUUCAGCGGGAGGAAGUUCAGGAGGCAGUGCUGUCGCAGUGAGGAGAGGGGAAGCAGAGCUAGCACUUGGAACCGAUACAGGAGGCUCCGUCCGUAUGCCCGCUGCAUAUACCGGCACCGUCGGGUUUAAGCCAUCAUAUGGCAUGCUAUCUCGCUGGGGCGUGGUCCCUUACGCAAACUCGCUGGAUACGGUAGGGCUACUCGCCAAAACCGUAGGACCUAUAGGCGCAGCAAUCGUAGGACAACGGUUACACAUGAAACAUGAUCACAACGAUCCAACGUCUCUCCCGCUCACGGCACGGGAAAGAUGUACAACCGAGCGACGAGGCUACGGGUCCUGGAAUCCAAUUCAAGAGGGGGCCAUAAAGGGGUUGACCUUUGGCAUCCCGGUAGAGUACAACGUCGACGAACUCGACUCGCGCAUCCGUCGGGGAUGGUUAACGGCAGCUCAUAAGAUUGAGGAGUUAGGGGGACGGGUGAUUCCAGUGUCACUCCCAUCAACGAAAAACGCCCUUUCCGCAUAUUACGUAAUAGCACCCGCCGAGGCCGCUUCCAAUCUUUCAAAAUAUGACGGUAUUCGGUAUGGGCAACGAAACGAGGAACAGGCCAGUGAUUCUUUCGAAGGAAUUCUAUACGCGAAGACAAGAGAUACCGGGUUUGGAAGUGAAGUUAAACGCCGCAUUUUGCUAGGUUCAUAUACUCUCAGUUCUGAAGCUAUAGACAACUACUUCAUACAGGCCCAAAAGGUUCGCCGACUCGUCAGGAGAGAUUUCGACCGGGUCUUUAAGCUAUCGAAUCCACUAGAAGAUCAGCAACCUUUUGAUCUAAGCGAAAUGGAAGAUACGGUACAACUAGAGAACAAGUUUGGACCUGCACAAGUCGACUUUCUCCUGUGCCCUACCGCGCCCACGACCCCACCCUUACUUGAGGAUGUUAUGAAACAGACCCCUCUGGAUUCUUACAUGAAUGAUGUUUUUACCGUACCAGCCAGUCUUGCGGGUCUCCCCGCAAUCAGCAUCCCCAUGGACAUCCCAGUCGAUGCUACUAAAGAAGAGGAAAGGCUGCUAAAUUUUGGUGGCCUCCAACUGAUUGGGCAGUAUUGGGAUGAUGCGCGACUGCUGUCCGUAGCCGACGUAUUAUCACCUCAUGUCCUACAACAAAAGCUCUUUUAG